AUGCCACGAUGUUCGACGUCUUUGUCCUGGGCGCUCCUUUUCUCUCUCGCCUCUCCGCAAUUUGCCUUAGCGGUGCCAAUUGGUGGUAUUUCCAACAAUCCAUCCUACAGUCUUACCGCCAGUCUCGCCAUCUUGCUCACCUUUCUCAUCGUACUCACCGUUCUCUUCGUCUUGAAGCAUAUCUACAUGAAGAGGCGUCGAGCAAGGAAUCUUCAUUGCGACACUUCUGCUUCGUCCUUCGCGAUUGAUUCUCAGAAAUCCUCAGACUCCUCUAUGCUCUCUCCACUGCGCCGCAUGACACCAUCCAAAGAACGUUUAGCCGCGUUUCUCGUCGGUUUCUUUGGCUCGCCUAUUUGGGAAACGAGCGCAAAGGCGUGGCAAAACAGUCUAUCGUUGCACGAAAGCAUACAGAGUUCGUCCAUGUACAGCCUUCACACCCAGUCACGUUCAUACAAGACAUCUCGUUCUCGCCCAACCUUCAAUGAAAUGUCUUCUACUUUGAACGAAUUCGGAGAAAAAAUCGCACAUCUCCCAGAUUUCUCAGAUUCUAAACAAUCUCGCAGACUUUCCAGCCCCGGUUCUUUGCCUCCUUGUUUCUCGCUUUUACUUCCUACUGUACCCGAAAAGGCUCGACGCGUCCCAUCCAAGCAUAGCCAUGAUCGUCGUUUGUCCCUUCCGAAUACACCAGCCUCUCGUAAAGUGGACGGCCAAGUCUCUACAUGUCAGAAACAGCAUUCUAUCUUGAAAACUAGUACAAGUCGGCGCUCUGACUCCUCAACAGUACUCUCUCCUGGGCUGAGGAUGGUGUAUAACAAUAAUUCACUGGAAUAUGAGCUUCCGCUCUCAUCCAAGGAUCAUCAAAUUUUCGCUCUUUCUGUCAAUGAGCGUCUCAGAUCUGAUCAGUCAAAUGUCCCGCCGCUUCCGCCUCUUCCUCAGGUCACCCCUUUGCUUCCAUCCCCUGUGGAGUUCCGCAACCCUGAAAGCGCUCUCGGUCGCAAUUAUAUAUCUCAUCCCUAUGCUUUGGCUCCAUACACGAAGAGGGGUAAUCUCAAGCAAGCUCCAAGACUCCCUUUUGAAGCUACUCAUGAUCAAUCCGUCUCCAAGACUUCGUGUCCGAGUCCAACAAUGUCCCGAAAUUCUUAUACAUUUAUUCCCCCGCCACCUCAAUUCACACAAGUUCCUCCACUUCCUCCACUUCCGCUUCCUUUACCUUUACCUCCUCGCGAACCUAUACCUGCCCUGCCUAAAGCCAGACCUAACACCAGAUCAUUGUCAGUCCGAUCCCGAAAAAGCCCUCCAAUUGGUCCUUCUCCUUUGCGCACCAUGACUCUUCCGGAAUCAGUUAUUGGUGAUCUAUUCAGCCUUCCUUCCCUACCCGAUCCUCCGAAUACAAACGAAUAUCAAAACCCUAAUAAUUCUUACACUGCUAGAUUAAGUCGACGCUCCUACUCUACUGUCGGGCUUGGCUUCCCUCCGGUAUCAUGCGCACCACCAGAUGACCCCAAAGUUGAUUCUGCAAAACGCUCAAGCACCGAUUCAACGUCAUCAAAACGUACCGAUGGCGAUGGCUCGAAUCUCUUGCUUAGCAUAAUUCGGGAACCGGUGGAAGAGACAAGUCAGUGGGAUACGAGCUUGUGUAUGGACGAUAAAUUCGAGUCGAUGAUCGAAACAGCUGGAAACGAGAAUAAUGGGCAAAGAGGACUGGAAAAAUGCGAAUCGGUUACCGAGUGAGACUUCAACAUCCGAUGCGUCGUCGAUCCUUCGCUGAUUAUGCGAUAGUCUGGGCGUCGGAUUAGCGUCGUAGUUCAACGUUGUGUUCUGGUCGAGCGCCGUCUUUUGUUUUUUUGUCUUGUCGGUAGGCCGAUCACGUUCUCGUGGAAAAGUUCUGAACAAGUGCUUAAUUUUAAAUAGUGAAUCAGUCGAUCCUGUUUUGUUUUCGUAAAGUCCAUCGUCACUCAGCACUCAGAAACAUUCAAGAGAUAAUGAAGCUGAAUCCUGUAGUACUUGU